CCAUUUCACUUCCUUGUUGCGUCUGCUCCAGCUCCACACACCAAAACUAAAAGUACUUACAAACAAAAACAGAACAAACGAAAGAUCGAAUGUCUUCAAAGCACCAAGAAGGAGAGCCCCCAUCACCGUCACCGUCAUAUUCACCGUCGUCGUCAUCUGACGGAUGGAAGGAACGAAUCUUCAUUCCUACCGUCCUCGCAGGGAUUGCCGGCGCAGGAUAUGGCUUAAUAUCAAACCAUCGAAAAGUUCACGGCCUAGCUAAUAUUUCUUCUACUUACGCCACUAAUUUUUCCAUCGUUACCGCUUGUUAUUGCGGAGCACGUGAAUUUGUAAGAGCAAGUCGAAAAACAGGACCUGAUGAUCUAUUGAACUCUGCAAUUGCUGGCUUUGGUAGCGGUACCCUUCUUGGGCGUCUUCAAGGUGGUCAAGCUGGUGCAAUCCGUUACUCACUCAUCUUUGCUGUUGUGGGGACAACAAUGGAUUAUGCUACUCUCAAACUAAAACCACUGUUAAGGAAUUUUCAAGAAUCACAGAAGAAAGGCGAUUGGUUGACGUUGCCAGAUUGGUCUCCAAUUCAAGUUCUUGAUGAGGAAGCCCUUGCUGAAAAACAAGCUCAGGAACAAAAACUUUUUGCACAACGAGCACUUGGUAAACUAAACAAAGAAAAAUCUUGAUAAUGUGCUUCUUUUCAUAUAAAAAUUUUGCAUCAUCUUAUCUGCUGAAAAUAAUGUUUUGGGUUCUUUUGUCAGCUGCUAGAGUGAACUUUGAAAUUAACAGGAUCUAUGUUUUGGUUGCCCCUUUGUUUACACUUUACUGUUAGGAUCUAUGAGGUACUCGGGAAACCCAAAAACUUUAAACCUGAUAAUUAUUGAAAUUAGUUUUUACGAUUUGAAAAUCUUCUAUUUGAAGGUCAAUGGAACAUUAAAUAAUUUACUGAAACUUUGAGCUUUA